CGAAGCCUCCAUUGGCGUUCCUCAACGAUCUAUUUUAUAAAUAGUUACCUCUCUUCAUACAUCUUCCUAACAACACUCUCCUUUCUCGCAAAUCUUGGUGGUUUGCUCUUCUUCUCUUUCCCCAAUUUUUUCUCUCGACAAAUUAACCCGAUUUUUUCUCUUUUUUCUAUUUUCUAUAUUAUUUGCUCCACUUUUCUUGGGGUUUUUUUUUUUUUUGAUCUGGGCUCUCCUUUUUGUAGGUCAUCAUGUCUUCGUAUACGCCAAAGAACAUACUUAUUACUGGUGCGGCUGGAUUCAUUGCAUCUCAUGUUGCGAACAGACUUGUUCGGAGUUAUCCCGAUUACAAGAUUGUCGUGCUUGACAAGCUCGAUUACUGCUCAAACCUAAAAAAUUUACGCCCUUCUCAAUCGUCCCCUAAUUUCAAAUUCGUCAAGGGGGAUAUUGCUAGUGCUGAUCUUGUAAACUACCUUCUCAUUACUGAGUCCAUUGAUACGAUUAUGCACUUUGCGGCACAAACCCAUGUUGAUAAUUCUUUCGGUAAUAGCUUUGAGUUCACUAAGAAUAACAUUUACGGGACACAUGUCCUUCUAGAAGCCUGUAAGGUUACUGGGCAGAUUAGGAGAUUCAUCCAUGUUAGUACAGAUGAGGUUUAUGGGGAGACAGAUGAGGAUGCUGUUGUGGGUAAUCAUGAAGCUUCCCAGCUGCUUCCGACAAACCCUUACUCAGCUACAAAGGCUGGUGCGGAGAUGCUUGUCAUGGCUUAUGGUCGUUCAUAUGGUUUGCCGGUUAUUACAACCCGAGGAAACAAUGUGUAUGGUCCUAACCAGUUUCCCGAGAAGUUGAUCCCAAAGUUCAUUCUUUUGGCCUUGAGGGGGAAGCCUCUUCCAAUUCACGGUGAUGGGUCUAAUGUAAGAAGCUAUUUAUAUUGUGAGGAUGUUGCGGAAGCCUUUGAGGUCAUUCUCCACAAAGGAGAAGUUGGCCACGUGUACAACAUUGGAACGAAGAGGGAAAGAAGAGUGAUUGAUGUGGCUAGGGACGUAUGUAAACUCUUUAAUAUGGAUCCAGAAGCAAGCAUCAAGUUUGUUGAGAACCGACCAUUUAACGAUCAAAGGUACUUUCUUGAUGAUGAAAAAUUGAAGAUCUUAGGGUGGUCAGAGCGCACCACAUGGGAUGAAGGGCUGAAGAAAACAAUGGAGUGGUACACCAGCAAUCCUGAUUGGUGGGGUGAUGUUUCAGGUGCAUUGCUUCCUCACCCAAGAAUGCUGAUGAUGCCUGGUGGCAUAGAGAGGCAUUUCGAGGAAGCAGACAAUGAGAAAGCUGCUUCGUCAGAUUUCCCCAACACCCAGUCUCAUAUGGUGGUACCUGUUCCUCGUACCAGCAACGCUUCUUCUCCUCGUAAGCCAUCUCACAAGUUCUUGAUAUAUGGUAGAACCGGUUGGAUUGGUGGUCUACUCGGUCAGUUGUGUGAAAAGCAAGGUAUUGCUUUCGAGUAUGGAAAGGGCCGGUUGGAAGAUCGGGCAUCUCUUAUUGCUGAUAUUCAGAAUGUUAAGCCUACCCAUGUUUUCAAUGCUGCUGGUGUCACUGGUAGACCUAAUGUUGACUGGUGUGAAUCUCAUAAAACGGAGACCAUUCGUGCUAAUGUUGCCGGUACUUUGACCUUAGCUGAUGUCUGCAAAGAGCAUGGACUUCUUAUGAUGAAUUUCGCCACUGGUUGCAUUUUUGAGUACAAUGAUUCACAUCCUUUAGGCUCUGGGAUUGGCUUCAAGGAGGAGGACAAACCAAACUUCAUCGGUUCCUUCUACUCGAAAACAAAGGCCAUGGUGGAGGAGCUGUUGAAAGAGUACGAUAACGUAUGCACCCUCAGGGUCCGUAUGCCCAUCUCUUCCGACCUCAACAACCCACGAAACUUCAUCACAAAGAUUUCUCGCUACAACAAGGUCGUGAACAUUCCCAACAGCAUGACAGUUUUAGACGAGCUUCUACCCAUCUCCAUCGAAAUGGCAAAGCGAAACCUCAGGGGCAUUUGGAACUUCACAAAUCCGGGUGUGGUUAGCCACAACGAGAUUCUCAAGAUGUACAAAAACUACAUGGACCCAGAUUUCAAAUGGGCAAACUUCACACUCGAAGAGCAAGCCAAAGUCAUUGUUGCUCCGAGAAGCAACAACGAGAUGGAUGCCACCAAGUUGAAAACAGAAUUCCCGGAAUUGCUGAACAUCAAGGAGUCACUAAUCAAGUACGUUUUCGAGCCAAACAAGAAGACAAAUUAUUCUGCUUAAGUGAAUUUUUCUACACAAUUAAGAGAUGCUAUAGUAAUCAGAAUUGCAAUUUAUUUAUUUUUACCAAGUAGGCUAUGUUGUUUGGUAGCUUAUAAUCCUUCAUUGGGGCUUGGGCAAACAUUUAUUAUUACUGUUUAGCUUCAUCUUGUGUUGUUUCUAAUACCUAGAUCUGCACUAGAAUUGUUUUGUUAGGUCCUCAAAAUUUUCUAUUUUUUUUUUACAUUUUUCCUGUUACAGGGAACUUGAAAAGAGGUACUUUGUUACAUAUAAACAUUUCUAUUAUUUGUCCACCCAGCUAUAACUUUUAUGAAUCUGCUGUUAAAUUUGGCUUCCAA